CUUAAUUAGGGUUUCACAUAAACAAGUCUCACCUAAUAUACUCGGAUUCCAAGUGAUGAGACAAGGAAAAAGAAGAUUCACUGCAAUGUCUAAAGUCCUUUAAUAAGCUCGAGUCUUUCCUUUUUUGGACCAAGAAAACGAGCUAAUGGAAAUAAAUAUAUGUUAAAACCUCUAUUAAUUCGAUAUGAAGCACGCGGAGUAUCAUUAAUUACGAUUAUGUUUAACCACUAAUAAUGCCAACAUUAUUUUUUCCUUUUCUCUACUUCUCCUUCUUCAUAGUUUAGAGUUUAGACUUUCUUUAUGUGAAAUCUAAAUGUUCUUCAUUCAUAUUUAUUGUUUUCUAUUGGAUCUAAUAUCUUUUGAGUGUCAUAGGGAAAUAAAUGCACAAAAUCAUAUUGUGGAGACUAAUAAAAAGCCAAUCUUUGACCUUUUCCCCCUUAUUCAAUGGCAUUGAUCCAACAUGGUUCGGUUUCUGGGACCUCUGCGGUUCGAUUGAGCUUCUCAUCCUCUGUAUCACCACCGUCGUCUUCUCCUCCACUGUCAAGGGUUUCUCUCAAUUUUCAGUCGGAGAAGAAGAGUUGUUACCGGAGAAUGAUAUGCAGAGCUAUGGUUCAAGACUCGGUUCAAGGGAUUCCUUCAGUUUACGCCAGAGAAAUGGAGCGUCUCUCUGCUAAGGAAUCGCUUAUUCUCGCCUUCAAUGAUGCUGGAGGAUUUGAGGCUCUAGUUACAGGGAAGAUCACUGAUAUGCAAAAGAUUGAUGUCAAUGAAAGGAUAACGAAUCUUGAGCGGCUUAAUCCAACUCCUAGACCAACCACGUCUCCUUAUCUUGAAGGUAGAUGGAGUUUUGAGUGGUUUGGAGUCAACACUCCUGGUUCUCUUGCUGUUCGGGUUAUGUUCGAGAGGUUCCCUUCGACAUUGGUGAGUCUAUCCAAUAUGGAAAUAUUCAUUAAAGAUAAUAACACAAAGGCAACAGCAAACAUCAAACUCCUAAACUCGAUAGAAAACAAAAUCACCCUGUCAUCGAAAUUGACAAUAGAAGGGCCUUUAAGGAUGAAAGAAGAGUAUUUAGAGGGAUUGCUCGAGUCGCCAACGGUUAUUGAAGAAGCAGUACCUGACCAACUAAGAGGUUUAUUGGGUCAAGCUACUACCACGUUGCAACAGCUUCCUGAACCUAUCAAAGAUACUCUAGCCAAUGGUCUAAGAAUCCCCCUUGGUGGAACUUACCAAAGAUUCUUCAUGAUAUCUUAUCUAGACGACGAGAUUCUUAUUGUAAGAGAUACCGCAGGAGUGCCUGAAGUUCUAACGAGGGUGGAAACAUCGUCUCCGAUGUCUUCAUCGAGUGUUGUAGAGAAUCUUGAAUACAACAGUUAAAAACAGGUUCUCUUGUUACUCUGAUUCUCUCUGUAAAUGUAAGAACAAAAAGUGUAUACAACUUACCGACCUCACUAUAGUAUAUCUCCGGACACACUGAGACCUCUUUUCUUAAAUCUACUUCGUCUUUUGUCUCAUUCGAUU